AUGUUCUGUAAAGAUAUCAAUCUCGAUGUACGAGCUUACAUCUCCCACUUGGGAAUACUGAACCUUUGGAUUGUGUGUUCCGCCUCCCAGAAGCCCUUUGGCUCGAUACCCCUCCACAUAUCUGAGCAGCUACUGACCGUGAUCUGUGCAGCACUUUGCGCCGAGGCCUUCCAAAUUAAUUCUCUCAUCAGUGUUGACACACAACUCCAACCUAUGCGCACAGCGAUCCACAACUGGAAGUUAGCCUGGAAUCAGCGUUUCGCGAUCCAGGAUAGUUUUGGCUUACCCAAGGAGGAGGAUACUAUGUUUGUGGGUAUUGAAGAUUAUUGGCGACGGUUGGGGUUUUUUCAGAACGCUUCCGAGUAUUGGUUAUUGCUCAAUAUCCUCAUCCGACGAAUUGACGAACGCCAGCGGAACCGGGAUGAUCUAUCGGUUCAAUCUGAUGUUGAACUCACCAGUUCGGUCAUUGACAGGCCAUAUACGCCUUCGAGAUGUGACUCACCCACAAUGGAGGAUCUGAACAAUCUCAUAUCGGAACAUCAUCGUCAAUUCAAGCCGCAGAAGCCGGCCCAAAUCAUAGAACAUCUGAAUAGUGUGUGGAUGAGCUCAGGCGGGGAUUUUGCCUCUCUCAGAUAG